GCAAACGCGAAGCAACCGCACAACGCGAGAAACGGGUUUCUCUCGGGCGCUCGCGCGCGCACGCCUUCUCGCGUCGUCGUGUAACCCGACGAUUGACAAUGUGUACAUACUACUCGCGGCGUGGCAGCGAGGUCGAACGGGAGCGGUGCAUCGCCGCACGGUGCGCGACUUCUCCCCGGCGCGGGGGUUGACCACGCUCUCUCUCUCUUUCGAUCGUCGUCGUUAUCGUCGCGCGAUAACAUCGCUGUUCAUUCCGGCUGCUUUCCCCGAAAGGUGCGAGACUCGAGUGAGGACGCGAGUGAGAAGGAGAGAGAGUAGGACGGAGCGACGGCGGGAGGGAGGAGAGAAAGCGAGACAGCCGCGCAUAGACGAGAAGGUAGAGUCGCUCGCUCGCUCGUGGCGGUAGUGUGCGAGUGCGUGCGAGCGAGCGAACGACGCGCGCGCGGUCGCCGUCGAUCGUCGUCGCGCGGCCGCCGCCAGUGCCCCGUCCGUCGUCGUCAGCAGUGCGGUGCGUGUGGUGGUGCUGCUGGCCGUCUCGACGACGUACCGAUUACGCGCGCGCGCCGAUAAUCGCGCCCUGAUAGCAGCCGCCGCCGCCGCAGUUCCGACAGCAGCAGCAGUAGCGGCUCCAUCGCCCGAUCGACCGCCCGGACGCGAGAAUGGCAGGCGUGCCGGUUCUCCUCAUCACCGCGAACGUCGGCAGUAUCUUCGAGGAGCCUAGCGUUAUGCUAAAGAUAUGGACGGAAGAAUUUUUAUCCACCAUAUCGAGGCUGGAUCCGAAAUUCAUAGCACUGCACUGCCAAGAAGUAGGCGGGAAAAAUUACGAGCAGAGCAUGAGGCACGUGGAAGACUUUGUUAGAUUACUCAUGUCGUCGGAAGAAUUAAGGUUGUUUGACAAAAUUAGAGUAUUUCUCGACGAGGACUAUUCAUCCGCCGAACAUUUCACAGCUUUAGGAAACUUUUAUUUCGUGCAUGAGUCCUUGAGUGACGUUUUAUUAUGGGAUUUUAACGAAUGCACUUUUAUACCAGUAAAUGGGAAAGAAGUCCAUUCGGGCAACAUAGAAGCAGUUACAACCAAAGAAAAGGCCAAGUUUCCUCAAGAAUUUUUCCCAGAGUGCAAAUGGUCCAGAAAAGGCUUCCUGCGAACGCGAUGGAGUAUUAGUGGAACAGUUUUUGAUCUCAUAAACAUACACUUAUUUCAUGACGCGAGCAAUUUUAUUGCUAUGGAGACGUUCCCGUCGGUAUACAGUAAGACGCGCAGAAGAGCGCUCGAGCAUACAUUAGAUAGAUUCCAUAAUGACAAAUAUCCAAAUGCACCAUAUUUUUUAUUUGGUGACUUUAAUUUUAGGACGGACACGGCAAGUGUGAUUAAGAAACUAACAGAAGAUACUCGAGAAAGGAGGUUAUCGAAUAAGGGGAAUAUUUCAAAGCUUCAGUUUCAUAACAGAGAUGAUGAUCUAAUAUUAACGUUAGGGAAGAAAGAAUUUUCACACUAUGAACAUCAGAACGUCUUCAUGAAAAAUAGCGGCGAAUGGUUACGCGAGUACGACAAAGAGCUGGGAGACUUUGACGGGAGAUUGUUCGAAUUUCCAAUCAGCUUCGUGCCAAGUUACCCGUUUCAAGAAGACGUGAACGAGCCGGUGAAUUACAUGCAAACGAGGGUGCCAGCUUGGUGUGAUCGAGUCUUAUUGAGCCCCACUGCGAAAACGCUAGUCCAAGAUAUAAAUGAUACUGACGCGGUGGAAUACGGUAUUAUCGGCCCGACUACGUGCAUGGGUGAUCACAAGCCAGUCUACUUGAGGGCUAAUCUCAUCUCGGACGCAGGUAUGAUAGACUGCUGCAGCUUGCUGCCACUUGCACCCGAGUUUUGCUUCCGAGUGCCCAACAAUUACUCGGAGUUGUUGUCGAUGUUGCCUGACUGCCGUAGUUACGCUAACGCGCGAGCGGAUUAUGUUGAUCGUUCGUCUAAUCUGUUGCACGCAGCACCCAUUAAGCAUGAUCCCUAUACACCAGAUAGUAUGGACAGUCCGAGUCCGAACGCGCUGAUCGCCACCGGCGAGGUGCCGGAUUUAGACGUCUUCGCCGGUGACAACGCGUCGUCGUCCGCGCAGCGAUCGACGCAGGCGUCGAUCGAUACGUCGAGGCGGAUCGACCGCGCGGUCUCGCCGGCUUUGCUCAAGUCCCGCUUGGAGCUGAUCGUGCAGAACAAGAAGCAAGAGGACGCGGAAGUGGACGCUGCGGACAUCAAGAGGAGUCCCAGCGAGUGCCAUCUGCGUACCCUGCCGGACGGUGAAGACCGGCAGUGGUGCGUGCGGAAGAACCGGUGCAACAGCGACGUGUCGUGGCAGCGGUCGCACGUCCUCACCGAGGCCUGGAUCCGCGGCAAAGGCCAGCAUGGCUACCGUUCUUUCAGCAACUUCGCCAAUCGCUCCUCCUCGAACUCGAGCCCGCCGGAUAUGACGGUCGACGGCUUGCCACCCGAUCUCGUCAUACCGCGGAUAGCCAUAAUAAACGCGAGCAACUUCGAGUCGAACGAGAGCUCCGUGUACUUCCACGACGACCGGCUGAGCAACUACUCGGAGAACAAGCUGAGCGCGUAUUCGGACGGUCGCACGAAGACGCUGAGCGGCGAGGGCGCCAGCUCGAACAAGUCCUGCGAUAAGACGGACGAAGGCAGCAGCAACAGGCUGGAUUCGAGCACGGAGCUGGUGGCGGAGACGAAGGCCCAGCUGGACGAUUCGAAGCGGUACUUGGAGGAGAACAGCGGGAAAUUCAUCGAGAACGAGUGCGACAUGUGCAAGGAGACCAAGGCUCAGGUUCGAAAUGACGGCGAGUCGCGGGAUAAGGACGAACGUCGGGAGCGUCGUUCUCAGUCGUUGGGGAGGUUGCGCGCGGAUCACGAAUCUGACGACGUGGGGAGUCGAGUCGAUGCGAAGCUCGUCGUCGACGGCGCGGAGACCGGACAGCUUCUCCGGGACCGCGACGUCAGUGCGAUCAAGCUAGACGCGGAUCAUGCGGUAAGUCACGACGCGGAGAUCGUAAGCUGCGAGAGCAGGCAAAAGAUGUGCGCGUCGUCGAACAACACGACGAGAAGCAAUUCCGCGCACAGUCAGGAUAUCAGUGACCACGCGGGAAGUGUCAGACUGAAGUUGAAGGCUUACAAAGUCACCGAGCGAUACAAGAGCAACAUAAUAGGCAGGCGGACCAGGUGUAGGAAGUGUUGUUGUGUCGUAUCCUGAAGAACUCCGCCGCUGUAUUAUAGAGUCCGUGCAAUCACAGUUCCUCGUUUAUUUAUGGCGCGACACGCCGCCGCCGCACACUGGCUUGAAAGUAAAAGUUUUCCGCUCGAAACUCGGAGUUUUGAUAACAAUUUUAUAUAUAUACACACGGAAGAAAAAUAUUUGUAUAAAGGAGAUAAGAUAUGAAACUACAUUUACAUCGACUUGAAGUGAGACUUGUAAAAUGAGUUUCGGCCGAGAAAUCUUUAUCUUGUGUCCACUGUGCGUCGCCGCCCGUGUCGGGCCUCUGGUUAUUCUCUCCUCGUUUCUGUUUCCUACUUACAUGGAGUAUUCCUUCGACUUCUCCCGGAUAGACCUCACUCCCUCCGUGCUAUUCUCUCGAUAGCGUCCUCCGCAGUCUUUUUAACUCUACGUGUGCGUGUGUAUGUGUGCGUGCUUAGCGUAAGACUAUAAUAAUUUAUUUCCGAACGGUGUGCGUGUAUAUCGUUAUUGUAUUUCUACACGAUGCGCUCGACGAUGAGUGAUUUGUGAGUCGCCGUCACGCGCUGUACGCGAGUGAUCGUGGAACCGACCGUCGAAACCGUGCGCGUCCGUCGCGAGAACGAGCCGACACUACGUGUAUUUAUUGCCGAGAAUUAUUCGCCGCGGAUUCGCGCUUCCGAAGCGACACGGCGGCCGUGACCGCUCGCGACCUGAGAAGAAUACAAUUUCCGUCACAGAGACGGUCUCUCGCCGGAACCAGCCGCGUUCUGCAUGUCCUCGGGAGAGUAGCGGUGUGAAGUGAUCCUCUCUGCAUGCGCAUGGUACUCUAACGUGCUCCGAGCGAACCUCCCCCGAGGAAUUAGCCCCUCCUGAGUGUGAUAACCGGAUAAUUCCUUUGCGAUUCUUUCCUCCCCCCUCCGCCCCCGCCCUCUGUCGUGUACAAUUUAUAGGCAGUAUAAUUUCGUCACGUUACUUGGUGGGACGUGGUGGGACGUUUGUGUUGUUUUUUAGUACGUAGUGUGUGGAUUUUUAGACGAUGUUGGUAGCAGUAGUUAGCGAGUGUGUUGUAGUUCUUCACGCCGCUGUUUGUGUCGUACAGUGUCGGAAAGUAAUACGUACAGACUGAUAAACGAUUGUUACCAGUAUACACGCGAUGCACUUUCACGAACGCAGUGCUGUAUGUUAAUCCUAUUACGCUACUUUACCGUGGAAACCGGGCCGCGCGUCGCCCACAACAUCCUCCUUUUCCGGUACCUUGAUAUACACGCACGGUUUUAAGUAUGGUCUGUCGCAAAAAAGUUGCAACAUUUUUUUUUUAUACAUUUCGGAACGCAUCCCGUGUCCAAUAGGAGAAUUUUUUUUCUCGGUAACUCUCGGGAGAUACGUUUCCUUUAUUGGAUACAAGAUGCGUUGCGAAACUCGUUGGAAAGAAGUUUUGCAGCCCUAUGUGACUGACCACACACACACACACACACACACACACACACAUUUGGCGAAUUAAAGAUCGCAGCAAUUUGUUCUCGAUGAAUUUCCCAACGCAUACAAUUAGAGAAAUUUUUUAGAAAUUCUCGAGAAAUACAUUUUCUCGUUGGAUACGAGAUGCGGAAAACUCUUCGGGGAAAAAAUGUUACAAUCUUCACAAUCCGCCGACUCGCCGUGUGUGUAUGUGUGUGUGUGUGUAUUCUUUUGCUCUUGUUUUUAUUUCAAGGAAAUUUUUACCUCGCAGUGUUCUUGUCCUUGAGUUUAAUAUCCUCCUAGGUCGCAUAGUAGUGCACACACGCAUAUACUGUUGCGAAUUUGAUCUUACACUCCGAUAGCGGAUCCGGCGGCUUGCGCUGAGCGCCAACUUCUCCGGAGCCGCACAUCGAGGGUUGAUGCCCUCGGUGAAAAAAAAACUUGAGCUCAUCUGGCUUCUCAAAUUAUGCCGGAAUCUCUUUAAUUGUUCCAUUCUGCCCUGUGAACGGGUUGCGUAGUGCCGUGUUUUGUCCCCGUGCUGCGCUAAUUUAACGCAGCCGCCAGAGUAAGUUACAUCCGCCCGGAUUUUAUUCGGCGAUGACACUGCACUCGCACAAUAUAUCGGGGCAGAAUCUCUCGGUGCACGUCCGCCGAAUUCGCUAUUAGAUAACACACAUACGCACAUGUAUACACAGAGAGAAAAACGUAAAAAAAAAAUUUUUUUUAUUCGGUCUGAAUAUCCCCCUAUAUAAUAACGUAUUUAUUAAAAUCUCUAAAUUCUUCCGUUUAAAUAGAAUUUAAGUGGAAUAAAUCAUUGCUUUCAUGAAAGGCUACGGCAUUUAUAAGAAAAAGAUAUAUUUUCUUAUUUGGGAAAAAGUUUUUCUCACUGUUAAAGUGUGCAUCUCGAUAUACAAGCAAAUGCGUUGUUAAUACUCACCGAAUAAAUAUUUGUUAUUUUUAGAUAUUUUCCUCUCACUGUGUACAUGUAUACAUGAAUAUUUUAUUUAUUACGAGUCGCUGUUCUCUCGCGAUUGAAUAAGUAUUGUCAUUGUAAUGCCUGGCGUUUUGACGUUUCGUACUCUUGUACGUCACCUUCGGCCCCUUCGACGUAGUCGAGGGAUCUGGUGAUGUCGUCAAGAAUUCGAGUAUCUUGGUUUUUCUAUUUUUCCUCUUUUUUCUUUCUUUUUUUUUCUCUAGAACACGUUACACGAACGUAUUACGUCGUCAUACGUACUGCGCCCUUGCCAAGAAGAGAUCUAUUCGUUGGAUUUCCUUACGCGCGCAUUCUGAGUGGACUCUACUGCCAAAGUUAGAUUCGUCGUCGUAGCGUUUAAACCAGAAGAUAAUUAAUUUAUGUAACGGACGUGGCGGUCGGUCGGUGGUCGCGCGGGAAUGCGUAGGUGAGCGUUCACUUCGAUUCUUUCGGUGUAUUGUGCUGUGCGCGAACGAACGAACGAAAAAACGAAUGCCAUUACUUAUGUCGAUAUCCAGGAGUGCGCACGGAAAGUCGUGGAUCGUAUCGCGCGAAUGGGACGUAAAGAGAAUUCGCCGAGAGAGUUCCUCGACGUGUGCGGAACGCGCACGGAGGUUUCAGCUUACAUGUAAUUAAUGUACAUUACUCCACGCGUGCAUCGUGAUUCGCAAUUCUGUAUCCAUACCAUCCGUCUCACGCGAUUUUUCUUCCGGGCGGAAAGAAAAAUAAUAUUUUCGUACACACAGUGAAAAAUAUUAAUGCAGAUAAAAAAGAAUAUCUCGCGGAGGAAAAACUGACUUGGCACGCGGCGAACGAUCCCAUGGGAUUUUUAUUAUUUUGACAUCUUUAUUAGUUUAUAUCGAAGUAAGAACUGCGGUCCGUUUUGUUAUUUCCUCUUUAAACCUGAAAUGACUUACUCACGCGCGUGGCACUUUUUUCUCUCUCCAAUAUUUUUUUCCUUUCAAUUCAUAAAAAUUAUUCUUUAAUAACGAGAAUAUGAUACUUUUAUUGGAACUAAAAUAAUGAAAAUAAAAUAAAGUCUGGUCGAUCAAUUUCAUUCUGUUCUUGCCAUAAGACACGCGAAACGUGGAGUAAUGUCACAGAAAUUGUGACUUAAUAUCAUAUCUCUUUUCCUAUAUAAUUCUUUCUCUCUCUUUCUCUCCGUUCGCUGAAACAAUCCCGAAUUGAACCGGGGAAUCUGUUUUGCAAAUACAAUCGUCGAGAAAUGUGUCGUUAGAUUCCCAUUUGCCAUAUUAGUUUUAAAAAGAAUGAAUCCGCGCGCGCGCGCGUGCUUACAGAGGGAGCGCCCGCGGAUUCCGUCGCUGUUGUACUGCAUUUGUUUUACUUUUCCUAUCGUGUAGGCUAAAUUAGAAUUGUGUCCCUGUCGUCGGGAUACACCAGUGUGUAAAUAGAUCAUCGACGAGACCCUCUAUACGUGUCUUCAUUUUGUAAAUAUAAAUUUAUUUUUCAUACACGUGAA